AUGCUAAAUGAUGAGCAGAGACGUGUUUAUGAAGAAAUCAUUCACUCUGUGAAUCACGACAAAGGGGGUAUGUUUUUUGUCCAUGGUUUCGGUGGUACUGGGAAAACUUUCAUGUGGACUAUUCUUGGUGAUGAUAUAAGGUCUAAAGGUAAUAUUGUUCUCAAUGUUGUUUCAAGUGGUAUAGCUGCUUUCCUUUUGGAAGGUGGUACAACGGCUCAUUCAAGAUUUGGUAUUCCAAUAAAUCUUAAUGAAUAUUCUAUUUUUGGAGGUAAAGUUGUUGUGUUAGGAGGUGAUUUUAGACAGAUACUACUUGUUAUUACCAAAGGAGGAAGAGGAGCGACAAUUUUAGCAUCUCUCAACUCAUCUGUUCUUUGGAAUAGUUGUAAAGUUCUUAAACUUACAAAAAAUUUGAGACUUCGCAAGGCCACUAGUAGUAUGGACGCGGGUGCUCUCGCUACUUUUUCAAAGUGGCUUCAUGAUAUCGGGGAUGGCAAAAUCAACGAGUCAAAUAGUGGGGAUGUGGAGAUAGAAAUUCUGGAUGAUUUACUAAUUAAUACAAGUGGAAAUCUUAUUGAAGCAAUAUUUAAAGAAAUUUACGGAGAAAAUUUUGCAAGGAGGACUGAUCCAAAUUUCUUUAGUGAAAGAGCUAUUCUAAGUCCAAGAAAUGACGAUGUUGAUAAGAUAAAUCAGUUGAUGCUUACUAAGCUCCCAGGUGAAGAGAGACGAUAUCUUAGCUCUGAUAGUAUUGAAACGUCUGAUACAAGCGGACAUGAUGAUAUGAUCUACACUCAGGAAUUAUUAAACAGUAUACAAGUUUCUGGAUUGCCAAGCCAUGUUUUGACGUUGAGAAUAGGAGCACCUGUCAUGUUGUUAAGAAAUAUAGAUCCUAAGGGAGGUUUACCGUGUAUUGAAAACACAUCGGCCUCCUCCAAGAUCUUUACAAAACCGGAGUUUGAAGGACUUGAGCAUCACAAGGCUACCUUGGAGUUUGGUGGACGUUAUUACAUAAAGCAUAAAAUGGAGCAUGAAGGUGGAUCUUCCGGGACUCAAAAUGAAGUUAGGGUAGAUUAA